AUGGAUGACAAUCACAGGCUCCAUCAAACCUACUUGCAGAUAUUGACUGCAACACAAACCACACAAGACACCAUGGUCAGAAUCAUGGAGAGCCACACGUCUGCCACUAGAGACUUAAAUUUGACUCUGACUACACUUACCCAGCAUCUCACUCAUCAAGGAACAAACAAGCAAAACAUGGAGAACAACAAAACAUGGCUAACUGGAUUCACACUUCAAGGAUUAACUGAUAAUGCUCAGAGUCAGCCAUACCUAUUUGUGUUCUUCUUAGUGGUUUAUGUACUCACAGUUCUUGGUAACUCUUUGAUGGUCAUCACUGUCACUCUGUCUCCAGUUCUUCACUCCCCAAUGUAUUUCUUCAUAUGCAAUCUCGCCAUUGUAGAUAUGUGCUAUACAACUUCCACAGUUCCUAAACUCUUACUGGACUUUCUAUCUGAUGUGAAACGUAUCUCCUUCUUUGGUUGUGUGGUACAAUUGUAUUCCUUUAUAUCUUUUGGGGGUGUUGAAUGUGUUCUGCUUGCUGCUAUGGCAGGUGAUCGCUAUGUGGCUAUAUGCAUGCCACUACACUACACAAAAGUAAUGAGCUGGAAAAUAUGUACAGUACUAGCAAUAACAUGCUGGACUGCUGGCCUAUUGAACUCUCUUGCUCACACUGUAUUCACAUUCCGUUUACCCUUCUGCAAAUCGACGUCUCUUAACCACUUCUUCUGUGACAUCCCACCCCUGCUUGCACUGUCCUGUGCUGACACUACCAUUAAUGAAAUUGUGGUAUAUACUUCUGGAGGAUCUGUGAUCAUAGGGUCUUUUUUGUUAACUAUUAUGUCCUAUGUUUUCAUUGCUAAAGCUAUUUUGAAAAUUACAACUGCUUCUGGAAGACAGAAAGCCAUUUCCACUUGUGCCUCUCAUUUGACAGUUGUUAUACUUUACUUUGGAACUGCUGUUUUUACAUACAUACGCCCUACUUCUACUUACUCCCUUGACCAGGACCGGGUUGGUCCUGUUCUUUAUGGAAUUAUUACCCCUAUGUUAAAUCCAAUAAUUUAUAGUUUUAGAAAUAAAGAAGUUCAGGGAGCACUAUUAAAAUUAUUUGCAGUACAUUUUACUGUUAUAAUUAAGAAAAUAUGCAAAAUAGCUUACUAA